AUGGCGGAAGAAGAACCAGCGGUACCCGCGGCCGGGACGAACUGCACCCUUGGACAUAUCUGGGGCUCGACCGAUGAGACGGAAGUCUUUGCCCAAGCGCACGGAGGGGAGCUCACGGCGAUCUUUAGGUUCAAGCAGGAUCCUACGAAGGAGCCAUCAUCAUUCGGGAACCGGGUCGUCCGCUACUAUCAUAAAUCGCCCGAGGAUGAGGACCUGUCCGCGCUCGACAAGUUGCUGUACAAUUUUCCGAGCAUUGUAGCGAUGAAUGAGCAGAUAGGUGUUGCAAUAGAAGACGUCUGGUCGGACGUUGUCCAGGACCUGGCGGUCAGAGCGAGGGGCGUCGUCGUUGACCUUGACCAUGAUAUUGACCGCUCCAAGGACAAAGCAGUUCAAUGGGAGAUCCACCAUGAUCCGCGAUUGCAACUGUUCCUUAACCUGCUUCUUGCUGGAGCUCCGGAAAAACUAACAUCAUGGCUUUUCAGCGUACACAAAGAACGCGAACCUGACAUAUGGCUCCAGAACGCCACAUCGUCCGUCAAUUUCGAGGACCUGUGCGGCUACGACCACCUCGGUGGAAGGGGUUGUACAACCAAAGUCCAAAUCAGAGCCUGGGAUCCAGAAGACCCAGCUACCGAGCACUACGUCUUCAAAGGCCUGGACUUCCGCAUCUUCCUCACACACCGGGUCGAUGAAGACGUCGACAUGCUCAAGAGCCUGUUGAGGGCAAUGCAUCAUGCCAACAACGUCCUCGCCAAUAUGCCCCGUCACCCCAACCUCCUCCCGCCACCCGAGAGUGUGGUCAAGAUCAACUGGGCAUCGGGGAUCGAAUACAUCUGCGGCUGUCUGCACCCUUACUACCAAGCCGGAGACCUUGGGCAAAGACUCGAGAUCAACUACGAUCUCGGCCUUCGCAUCGAGUUGCCGCUCAAACAAGCCUGGUGUCUUCAGAUGGUGGAUGUGAUCUUGCAUACCCACCAUGUAGCGCUGACCUAUCAUAUGGACAUCAACCCGUGGAACUUCUGCAUCGAAGACAACGAUAACCUCGUUCUCGUCGACUGGGAACAGAACGACGCUUCGCCUAUAACUCUCGCUCCGGAAGCGGAUGGGACGUGGGAUGUAGUUGAGAUCCAGGAGGUGGGUGUAAAAGACAUGAAGAGUAUCGAAAGGAUCGUAUAUCGAAAAUACGACGGUGAACCACGCAGCAACCGAGGAGAAGGCGGCCCGGGCAUCUUCCCUUGGAACGAAUGGAACGUCUUCCCCAUCUGGUCGAGCAUGUGUCCGUUGGCUGUUGAGCUGGCGGAGGUCUUCAGUCUAGGACGUACGAUGUGGAUGCUGCUUCGGCAGCCGAGGCGGGAGUGGGAGGACAUCGAGCAUCCGGAUGAAGUGUUUGUUGAAUGGGAUCAUGCGGAUGAUAUCCCGAUGUGGUGGAGGGAGACGGUCGAGCGGUGCAUGCAUUCCGAUCCGAAUGAGCGGCCGCGGCUCACUGGGCUGAGGGCUAUUGUCGCCGGGUGGUCGAAGGAUUGCUGCGAAAACGCUGAAGAGGUGCACAUGAUGAAUAAGAUGAAAUUGUCCUGA